AUGGGAACGUGCUAUUCGCAGUGCAAAGAGACAAUCACUCCAAUCCACCUGGGCAACGCAGCUGUCAGCUACCAACAACAACAACAACAACAGCAACAAUUACAACAGCAUCAACAGCAUAAAAGGCCACGAACUUCGAUCCAGGAGACUUCAAAUCAUAACGAAACACAAUUAGAGAAGGAAAAAGUUCAAAGAGAACACGUUAAAGGAGAUUUGGUGGAAAUGGGACUGAAGUCAGAAAAGCGAGGAAUGGAGGCCGGCUACCCACCUGAUUGCGUGGAGAAAUUGUCUCUCUCGUCGACAGAAUCUACGGAUUGUCUAGGCGAAGUGACAAAUGAGGAGGGAGAUCACAAAGUCGACCAAUCUUAUGAGAAUGAGUUUCCGAGCCUCUCCAACUCUUCACUAGCCACAUACGCCAGGCGGAGGCUCUCUAUUGAAGGUCUUCCUACACCUGGAUCUACCGAUUCCACAUUCGCGUGUCUAUUGAGACUUCGAAAAAUUGUCAAAAUGACGGAACAAAACAAGAUUUCGAAGUCGGCACUCAUUGAAAAUCUCAACUAUGCACUUCAGGUGGUACAGAAGACAUAUAUUGAGGAGACUAAGCGCCUUCGUGACGAAGACGACGAGUUGUCGGAGACCGCGUGCUCGGAGGUGCCUGACGAGGUGCGUGACUGGUUGGCCACAACCUUUACUCGCAAUCCCUCCGGAAGCAGACGAGUGGCAAAACCGCGCUUCAGAUCGGUGGUCAAUGCCAUUCGAGCAGGAAUUGUGGUGGAGAGGAUUUAUCGCCGAAUGUCAAGUUGUACUUGCCUUACGCUUCCACCCAACGUGAUCCUCCUCUUAAAGAGUGGUCUUGAUGAAUGGAAUUUCAAUGUGUUCGAGUUCAACGAGGUUAGCUCGAAUCAUGCACUGAAGUACGUCGGAUUCGAGCUGCUGCACAAGUAUAACCUUAUCUCCAAAUUCCAGAUUGACAGCUCAAGGCUGGAGAAUCUGCUUUUGCGAUUGGAAAUUGGAUACAGCAAAUACAAGAACCCCUAUCACAAUCUAAUUCACGCCUCAGAUGUUGCACAAACCUGCCACGUCAUUCUCACCACCAGCAAACUUCGGGAUUACCUGACGGAUUUAGACGUAUUCGCGGUCAUUUACGCAGCUUUGAUCCACGAUUUUGAGCACACUGGGACGACAAACAACUUUCAUAUUCAGACACAAGAGUUCCGCACGGCCGUCAUCGACAUGGUGCUCAACACCGAUAUGUCGCUUCACUUCUCACAGGCAAAGACUAUGAAAAACCUCAUUGCUAUUCCUGAAAUGUAA